GCAUUGCAAAAAACGAUCAGUUCUGGUCUACUUAACUGGGUGUGUCUACCAUAGACACCAAUGCAAUAGCACCUGGGUCUGACUUUCAUUGAACCAGAAAAAUAUCAGAAAGAAACAGCGAGUGGGGUGUCUCGCUUCCUCUUCCGUCUCUGAUACAACAAACACAUGAAAUGCAUAACUGUCUAGCUAGCUACUUAUCUGUAUCUACCUACCAUGUAAACUAAGGAUUAUAUUUUGUUUAAGGAUUAUAGCUAUGUGGUUUGUGUUAUAGCGUUAAACAGCUAUAAAGCAGAUAUCCUUCUCAAACAGAACGCUACAUGUUGGAUUAAGCGCGCGGGUAAAAGUUCAAACGUUACAGUUCCGAUAUGACCAUUGUAGCAAACUAAGACCAAAUAUAGUCUGUGCUAAAACUAAGCUAGCUUGUAGUUUUUUUUUUUUUUUGUAGCUAGGUAGCUAGCUCAACGUUUACAUUAGGUUCUCAAUAUCCUCCGGGAGAUAUCCAGACGCUUCAGACAAUGCUGGCUACAGGCGCAGCUGCAACCACAGCCCUGGUGCAGGUGGAUCGGGAGAAGAUCUACCAGUGGAUCAACGAGCUGUCUAGCCCAGAGACCAGGGAGAAUGCCCUCCUGGAGCUCAGCAAGAAGAGGGAGUCUGUCCCUGACCUGGCGCCCAUGCUCUGGCACUCCUGUGGCACCAUUGCUGCCCUCCUGCAGGAAAUUGUGAACAUCUACCCCUCCAUAAACCCACCAACUCUGACAGCCCACCAAUCCAACAGAGUAUGCAACGCCCUCGCGCUCUUACAGUGUGUUGCCUCCCACCCAGAGACUCGGUCUGCAUUUUUGGCGGCACACAUUCCUCUUUUCCUCUACCCCUUCCUGCAUACUGUGAGCAAGACACGCCCGUUUGAGUACCUGCGCCUCACCAGCUUAGGAGUCAUAGGUGCUCUGGUCAAAACAGACGAACAGGAGGUGAUCAACUUCCUGCUCACCACAGAGAUCAUCCCUCUAUGCCUGCGCAUCAUGGAGUCAGGCAGCGAACUCUCCAAAACGGUUGCUACUUUCAUACUCCAAAAAAUUCUGCUGGACGACACCGGGCUGGCGUACAUAUGCCAGACCUAUGAACGCUUCUCUCACGUGGCAAUGAUUCUUGGGAAAAUGGUGCUGCAGCUGUCGAAGGAACCAUCUGCACGUCUGCUGAAACAUGUUGUACGCUGCUACCUUCGCCUCUCUGAUAAUCCAAGAGCGCGAGAAGCGCUGCGCCAGUGCCUGCCCGACCAGUUGAAGGAUGCCACUUUCGCCCAGGUGCUAAAGGACGACACCACCACAAAGCGCUGGCUGGCCCAGCUGGUCAAGAACCUGCAGGAGGGCCCGGUGACGGACGGCCGAGGCAUCCCCCUGACCACACAGUGACAUCAUCAACCCCUUGGACACUACCUGAGGGAUGGUACCAUGCUGGCAGAGCCGCAGAAGAAAAACAUGACUAGUGCUUGAAGUUAAACGAAAAAGGUGCCGCUAGUCAUUUUAGGUGCCGGUACUAAUUUUAAUUGUAAAGUACCAGUGUUAAUAUUUAAGAGUAAAUAUUCUGUAAGAGGUGCCGGUACUCAAAAGAGUAGAAUAUUAGAGGCUCCGGUACUCUAGUGGUGUGCACCGGUCCAAUUUAAGCACUGUCCAAGACCAGGAGAGGAUGAUGCUGUGAAGAACCUUAAACUCUGUGGCUCACUUGUUGUUGCCGCUCACAUGGCAUUCUCCCUGAGACGUUCUCACAAUGCUUCCUAAAUGCUUAUGGAGGUGUUUGUGUUACAUUUCAACAGGGACGCAUAAUAUGGGGUUUACCGUUGAUGUCAUCAAAAAUGAAAUCAACAUUGAUGUCACAAAUUGGGCUGGUUUUAACCUGGUGUUCCCACUGUUUUUGUACUGUUCUGAACUGAAACCACUACAGGCUUUUUCGAAGUGUUUUUAAACAUAUUUUUUUAUGUUUUCUUUUAGCCCUUGGUUCCACGAAUUUGGCCCGCGGGUGACGUUAUUUGGCACCCCAAGUUUUGAGCAAAAAAAAAAAAAAUGUGUAUUUUAAUUAAACAUUUUUAUUGUUGGACAUAAGACUGUAAAAAC